CCCCAUCCCAACCCAGUUUUUCUCUGGGCCUCCUUCUUCCUUCUCUCCUUUCAUCGACCAUGGCAACCAGAGUUCUCGUUUCUCUCUUUCAAGUUUAUUUUUCUUUUCUAAUUGUUGCGGACCGUCAAGGCUUCUCGUCAAUAAUAUUAUCUUGUCAGAAUUAUGGAGUGAAACCAUAAUUGGUUACUUUUGUCAGUAUAUUUAUAACAUAAUGUAGCCGGCUCGUUUGUUCUUUCUUUGCAAUUAUAUGCCUUUCUUAUGGUUCAAUUUUAUUUAGUAGUUAUAACCUUUUGUGAAUUUGAAAUACUGAACUUAUAAAUCUUUUGAUAGUAUCGAGUUUUAAGCUAGAAAGGGGAUCCCCCCCUCCCCGGGGGGCGGGGGGAAAUCUUGCUUUUUUCUUACUUGUAACUAAGUUAACGUGUGCUUCUUCAAAACAUGACAUCCUGCUUUAAAUGGUUUUUCCUGUUUAGCUGAUUAAUCUCCAUGUAUGUUUUCGCUCAAUUCUUUUCUAUAUGUGUUAGCUUAAGAUUAAUUACUUUCUAUAAUUCAGUUGAUCUAUCGCCAAAUGCCAACAAGUUCAGCCAUUGUUGAGGCCCAUGUGUCUUUGUUAACAUUAUUGCUCUAUCUGAUGAUUGUGUUCAGAGUCUCUUAACUUUCCAUUGGGUCAUCAUUUUCCCUUUGGCACAUAAUUUUUGUAGAAGCUUAACGGGAAGACGUUUCCUGGAGAUAUUUCCUUAUGGCGAUUGAAGCGGACACAAGAAGUAGUAGUUCUCUCAUUCUGCUGAAGCAAGGAGCUGAAGCUAGGGUUUUUGAGUCUGAUUUUGUUGGAAGGAGGUCUGUUGUGAAAGAGCGCUUCUCUAAGAAGUACAGGCAUCCAAUUUUGGAUUCUAAACUUACUCUAAAGCGAUUAAAUGCGGAGGCCAGGUGCACGACCAAGGCAAGACGGCUUGGGGUUUGUACUCCAGUGCUGUAUGCUGUGGAUCCUGUGUCACAAACGUUAACGUUCGAAUUUGUUGAAGGACCUUCAGUGAAAGAUGUAUUUCUUGAAUUUGGGUUACAUGGUGUCAAUGAAAAGCAGUUGGAAGAUAUUUCAUCCCAAAUUGGUGAUGCAAUUGGAAAAAUACAUGAUGGUGGCCUAAUUCAUGGCGACUUGACCACCUCUAAUAUGCUGCUGAAGAAUGGCUCCAAUCAGUUGGUCCUCAUUGACUUUGGUUUGAGCUUCACUUCAACUCUACCAGAAGAUAAAGCUGUUGAUUUGUAUGUUUUGGAAAGAGCUCUUCUUUCAAUGCACUCUUCAUGUGGCAAUGUGAUGGACCGGAUACUUGCUGCAUAUCGCAAAUCGUCAAAGCAGUGGUCAUCCACAUUAAACAAGCUGGCGCAAGUGCGACAAAGAGGACGGAAGAGGACCAUGGUUGGAUGAUUCUUUAUCGAUUUUCUUUUCCUCAGAGGUGAAAAGAGAGAUGCAGUCAAUUAAUGAAUAUUAUAAAUGUAAUUUAUAUUUCCCUUUCUGUUUAUUUACAUACCUGCUGGGUGCAGUAUGCACAGGUAUAUUAGUUUGAGCCUCUAAUUGCUCCAACAUCGACACGUAACACCAAAGCAAAACUAUUUGAAAUUAUCCGAGUGACUAUGCAUGCAUUCUAAGGCUAUGCUCAUUAUUA